CCCGCCGCAGCCCAGUGCCCUCUGCCCGCGGCGGUGGAUGGCAUGAUGGUGCGGGGAAGGCACCGCGGCCUUGGCCAGCUGAGUCGCGACGGCCGCGGGGGCGGCGGCAGCGGCGGUCGUAGCGGGCUCCCCAGCGGCAUGCCAGUGCCCCCCGGGCGCGAUGGCUAGCGGCAGCGCUGGGAAGCCCACUGGCGAGGCGGCUUCUCCGGCUCCUGCGAGCGCCGUCGGCGGGGCCAGCUCGCAGCCGCGGAAGAGGCUGGGGUCCGUCUGCGACCACUGCAAGGGCAAGAUGCAGCUGGUGGCCGACCUGCUGCUGCUGUCCAGCGAGGCGCGGCCCGUGCUCGUCGAGGGCCCCGCCUCUUGUGCCGGCGCCGAGUCCUUCGAGCAGUGCCGGGACACCAUCAUCGCGCGCACCAAGGGACUCUCCAUCCUCACCCACGACGUGCAGAGCCAGCUCAACAUGGGCCGCUUCGGGGAGGCGGGGGACAGCCUGAUGGAGCUGGGCGACCUGGUGGUGUCGCUGACCCGCGUGACGCGCUGCCGCCACGAGGUGGAGCAGGGCUGCGCCGUGCUGCGCGCCACGCCGCUGGCCGAUCUGACCCCGCAGCUGCUGUUGGAGGUGUCGCAGGGCCUGUCGCGCAACCUCAAGUUUCUGACUGACGCGUGCGCCCUGGCCAGCGACAAGUCGCGGGACCGCUUUUCGCGCGAGCAGUUCAAGCUGGGCGUCAAGUGCAUGAGCACGAGCGCGUCGGCGCUGCUGGCCUGCGUGCGCGAGGUCAAGGUGGCGCCCAGCGAGCUGGCCGCGCUCUUCAGCGGGCCCCUGGUGCAGGCCGUGAGCGCCCUGGUGGGCUUCGCCACCGAGCCGCAGUUCCUGGGUCGCGCGGCGGCCGUGAGCGCCGAGGGCAAGGCGGUGCAGACCGCCAUCCUCGGCGGCGCCAUGAGCGUGGUGUCGGCCUGCGUGCUCCUGACCCAGUGCCUCAGGGAUCUGGCGCUGCACCCCGACGGGGGCGCCAAGAUGUCGGACCACAGGGAGAGGCUGAGGAACUCGGCCUGCGCCGUGUCUGAAGGCUGUACCCUGCUAUCUCAGGCUUUAAGGGAGAGGUCUUCGCCCAGGACUUUACCGCCAGUGAAUUCCAAUUCUGUGAAUUAGCUCCCUGCCCCCCCACCCCCUCUCGCACCCCCAGGCUAAAGGAAGAUACUUAUUCUCUGCCCUCGUCCAUUUAUACCAAAGAAAUCAUAGGUGAAGCCUUCCCCCGUCCCUGUGUUACAUGUUCGAGAAGAAUCUUCCAGAAGGCUGGGCCAUGCACACAAUUUGACACCCACGCGUAGAGGGCCCAGGUGUCCAUCAGCCCGCACGCAGUAGGGACUGGGAGAUGGAAGAUGCAUUGUCUGCUGGUCGCAGUAUGACUCCCACCUCCACCCCGACCCCAACCCGUCUUCCGGAAUUUCUCAACUAAAUAUUAAUUGGGCAGGAAGGAGGUCAUGUGUUCUUUUCUUUCUUUCCUUUCCUUUUCUUUUCUUUUUUUUUUUCUUUAAUUAAAACGUUACCUCAGUUUUCACUCCUUAGACAUGGAUGUUCCUACCUUUGUUGUUUUUUUUUUUUUUUUUUUUGUACGUCGUUAUUUUUUUAAGCAGUCGUGUUGAAUUAGGGGUGUACUUGGUGUGGAGAGUAUGACUUUGCCCUAUGAUUUGCAGAUGGGGGGAAGCUACUGUGAGCGUGUGUUAUAUUUUUUAAUUUACACUAUAGAGUGAUUUUUCCCCCCCCCAAUGUCAAGUUUUUACCUUGCAUGUACUGGAGUAUUUAUUUCAUCUAUUAAAACGUUAUGUUUCUCA